ACAAGAGUACGACGUGAACAUGGGGAAGCAAAAGAAAGCAAGGAAGUAUGCGACUAUGAAGCGAAUGCUUAGUCUCCGAGAUCAGAGGCUUAAAGAAAAGGAUAGAUUAAAACCUAAAAAAAAAGAAAAGAAAGAUCCCAGUGCACUCAAGGAAAGAGAAGUCCCCCAACAUCCUUCCUGCUUAUUCUUCCAAUAUAACACACAGCUGGGCCCACCUUACCACAUCCUGGUCGAUACCAACUUUAUCAACUUUUCCAUUAAUGCCAAACUUGACUUAGUACAGUCAAUGAUGGACUGUCUUUAUGCCAAGUGUAUCCCUUGUAUAACUGACUGUGUAAUGGCUGAAACUGAGAAACUGGAGCAGAAGUAUCCAGUGGCUCUAAGGAUUGCCAAGGAUCCAAGAUUUGAACGAUUACCAUGCACACACAAAGGAACCUAUGCAGAUGACUGCUUAGUGCAGAGAGUAACUCAGCACAAGUGUUACAUUGUGGCCACAGUUGACUGAGACCUUAAACGAAGGAUCCGGAAGAUUCCUGGAGUUCCCAUCAUGUACAUUUCUAACCAUAGGUACAACAUUGAGUGGAUGCCAGAUAGAUUAUGGAGCACC